AUGGUGUUUCCUGGAAGUAGCUCAUUCCUUGUCCUUAAGUCUCUUUCUGUCUCUGUCUCUGUCUCUGUCUCUGUCUCUCUCCCUCUCACUAUGAGACGCCCUUAUCUAAGGAUUCAAGAUGAGGCUGGUUCUUCCUUUUCUUCACAAAAGACUGGAGAGAGCAGGAGUGAUCACCACCCAAAGCCAAGCAUGAGUGAUACAACACCAGCUUUUACUGAAUGGUUACAAUUCUAUCAAACAACGCAGCCUAGCCCGGAGGUCCCUCUGUCUGGACUCUCAAAUGCUACUGCAGUGGUCACAAGCCCCACCGGAGAAAACAAGAUGACCCCAGUCACCCCACCCACUUCAAUAACAGGUGGUGGCGAUCUGAGCCCCAGGGCCAGCAUAGGAAAACCGGCCCGAAGAAGGUCUAGAGCUUCGAGGAGGACACCAACAACCCUCCUUAAUGCCAGCGCCACCAAUUUCCGAGCACUUGUACAACAAUUUACUGGCUGUCAGAGUUCAUUCUCUUCUUCAUCUGGGUCUCAGAGUGGUCCAUUCAACUUGAAUUUUGCAGCAACUAAUGAGCAGAAUUACUAUGGUACAACUUCCACGACGGCCACCUCCGGGCUCAACCAUUAUAGUCAACCAAAUCCGUGGCACGAACAGCAGCAUCAACAACAACAACAACAACAACAACUGUAUCCGAACCAACGUUAUAUGUUCUCAUCUGUCAACAAUAACAAUGAUGCCGUUCCUUCAGCAUAUGGUAACCCUACACCUAAUACAUGGAGUUCACACAACUAUGUUAUGGCGAAUAAUCCUUCACAUGAACUUGCUGGAGAUUCUACUUUCAAUGGAGAGAGGAAUGAUGAUCACUCCAGCUUUGGAUGUUGGGAUCAGGCAUUCAGUCGUCAUUAAUCACUGCAGCUUCCGGUAUUGGUGAUGUAAAUUUUCAUCUUUUCCCAUUCUUUGCAUGUGGGAUAAAGUUUCGCAUAUUAAGUCUUCCUAAUCCAGCAACAGUGGGAAUCUCCUACAUUAGUUGUUUUUUGUUUGGACUUCACAAGUCUUUUC